AGCAGAAAUCACCGCGCUUGGCUCCGCAUCCAGCGGGAUUCCCUCCCCCGCCGGGCGCCCGCUGCGUAUCCCGGUAAUUAAUGACAGGAAAGCCCAGAGCUCCAAUGUCCUGACUCGCUCUAAGAUGAGGGUAUGGAAGUUUGCAGCCAUCGCAUCGAUGCUCCUCAGCUCCAUGUUGUCCAUCUUAGUUUGUAGAGACAUGUUCAGCGGAAGCCGGGAACACGGCCCCUUGUCUUCCUCACAGGCAUCUUCCUCCUCCUCCUCCUCCUCCUCCUCCUCCUCACUGCCAGCAGCUCCACGGAGAUCCCCACGGGCCCUGCAACGCCCCGGCUCUCUGCUCUCCCAGUACAGCAGCCUGCUGGAGAGCUACACCGAGGGCGAGAUCCGCCAGCUCGUCUCGGCGCUGGUGGAGCGCUACAGCCAGGCCAUGAACUCGGGGGGCCACGAGCUGCCGCUCUUCCCGCGGGCCGGCAGCCGCCGCAAGCGCGCCCGGGCCCGCCACAAACCCUGCGAGCUGCGGGAGCUGGAGGUGAGCGUCAGCGAGCUGGGCCUGGGCUACGAGUCAGACGAGACGGUGCUUUUCCGCUACUGCAGCGGCACCUGCGAGGCCGCCGUGCGCAGCUACGACCUGUCGCUGAAGAGCAUGAGGAGCCGCCGCAGGAUCCGCCGGGAGAAGGUGAGGGCCAGGCCCUGCUGUCGCCCGCUGGCCUACGACGACGACGUGUCCUUCCUGGACGCCUACAACCGCUACUACACCGUCAACGAGCUCUCGGCCAAGGCGUGCGGCUGCGUGUGAGGGGAGAGGGAGGGAAGA